UCUUACACCAGAGGAUUGAUUGCCCAAAACACACCGCCUCCCUCUCUCUCCUCUUUCUAUUUCUUUUCAUUUAUAUACAUACACAGUGGAGGAAUAAACAAGAAAAUGUAAAGUUUAUAUUUUUAUUUAUUUAAAAAAACAAAAACAACAAUACCUUACCUUUUGUUGAAGAACAACCACCCACACCUCCUCUGUUCUCAAGAUCUCAUUCUUUAAAUCAGGCUUUCGUCAAUGGAAUCUGAAAUCUACUUGGGAUUGGUGUUUUACGGAUCUGAUUUUCUUGAAUUUAGUUCCUGAAUACUCAGAUAGUGUUAUCGGAUCACUGUUUUACUUGAUUCAAGUUGAAUUGGGUUUGCAUCUGAGUUGAGUUUUUAGUUGAAUUUAUAUCGAAUUUGAUGGCAAUUCAACAUGGGAUUGUGGAAAAGAUUGAACCGGAUUUCGGUAAACUGUUUAUUGGUGGGAUUUCUUGGGAUACUGAUGAGGGGAGAUUGAAAGAGUAUUUUGGUAGUUAUGGUGAAGUGAUUGAGGCUGUGAUCAUGCGCGAUCGAAUCACUGGGCGUGCUCGUGGGUUCGGUUUUGUGGUCUUUGCUGAUUCGGCUGUUGCAGAGAGAGUUGUAAUGGAGAAACAUAUGAUUGAUGGUAGAACAGUGGAAGCAAAGAAGGCAGUUCCGAGGGAAGACCACCAUGGACUGAACCGAACCAAUGGCAGCGUUCAAGGAUCACCGGGUCCUGCAGGCCGUACAAAGAAGAUAUUUGUCGGCGGUUUAGCAUCUACAGUCACCGAGAGUGAUUUCAAGAAAUAUUUCGAUCAGUUUGGUGGCAUUACAGACGUAGUGGUGAUGUACGACCACAACACUCAAAGGCCAAGAGGUUUUGGAUUCAUCACAUUUGAUUCAGAAGCAGCGGUUGAUCGGGUAUUAAUUAAGACGUUUCAUGAACUUAAUGGUAAAAUGGUUGAGGUCAAACGGGCAGUCCCAAAAGAGCUAUCACCUGGGCCGAACCGGAGCCCGUUGGUUGGGUUUAACUACGGGUUAACCCGACCCAACGCAUUCAUCACUAGUACCUACCCUCAAGGUUUCAAUAUGAGCCCGAUUGGAGGAUACGGGAGUCGAACCGAUAGUCGGUUUAGUCCAAUUGGUGGAGGGCGAACCGGGUUUUCUCCGUUCGGGUCAUCGGGUUAUGGGAUGGGAAUGAAUCUCGAGCCCGCUUUGAGCCCGGGUGCAUUUGGAACAGCCUCUAAUAAUAUGCGGUAUGGGAGAGUUAUGAGCCCGUAUUUCGGUGGAAAUUCAAAUAGGUACAUUGCACCAAUCGGGUAUAACCAAAAUAAUGUCAGAAACGAGUCGUUUAUUAAUUCAUCAACCCGAAACGUCUGGGGGAACGGUGGGCUCACAAUCCCAAACGGGUCAGGUGCGUAUUUUGGAAACGGUUCAGGAAGUGGUGGUUUUGGAGUAUUUGGAAACGGGCCGAAUUGGGGUUCGUCUCCUAUAUCUACUCAAGGUGGAGUGAGCUCUUCUGGGUAUAAUGGUGGAGGCAUUGGACCGAUAGGGGGUCCAGAAAACAGCUACGGGCUCACACUUGGAAGAAACGGGCCCAGUGUAGGUCAUGAAGGGCCUUAUGGUAAUUUGUACCGUGGUGGUUCACCGUAUGGUGACCCAACUUGGCAGUCUUCGUCUAAUGAUCUAGACGGGUCUGGUCCGGGCUCAUUCAGUUAUGGGCUUGACAGUUCAGAAGAUGUUGGAAACUAUAGCAUUGCAAAUAGACAAACUAAUAGGGGGAUUGCUACAUAGAAGUUUUCAAGAUUUGCAUACAAGAAGGUAAACUAUAGGGGGAACAGUUAUUUUGGUAGAUAACCCUCUAUAGUAUAAUCCAACACACUCACUGAUUAUUGGAAGAAAAAGAAACAUUACAAGAUUUGAUGGCAAGUUUUGAUCUUUAUUUGACCUUAGGUUUCCACUUUUGAUGUGUUGUGCAUCUUUUGAAGAAUUUGGGUGGGUGGUAGAUUAGAUCAAAUAAUCGCGCUUUCUCUUUCAGUUUCUUCUGGUCGGUCCGGUUUUAUUCUUUAUUGUUGAGUUGUUGUAACGUCUGGCGAAGUUGCCAGUGCUUGUUUCCGUUUGAUUUAUAAAGUGUGAAUGAAUGAUUAGUUAUCCGAGUUAAUAAGUUCACUUAACGUUAGGUU